AUGCCUACCAGUGAUGUGAUGCCCGUGAACAAUGAAGCCACGAUCUCCAUCAAUUGGGCGCUUCCAUUGACUGGGGAAGCACAGGGUUGGCUCUUUCACAGGAUCCGGAAGGCCUUCGAAAGAGCUACAGCCAUCAUUGACCAACCUCAAGAUAGAAAGCGCUACAGGAUGAGCGAGGAAGACUUGUUUGCCAUGAGGAAUUUAGUAUGCCUAUGGUUUCAAGUCAGGGACUUCUGCUCUAGUCGCAUCUCCUCCUUUGAUGAGCUUGACAAUGCCAUUUGCACUGGGAGCACGAAGGAUCAUGAGCUGCAGAUAAUCUUGGAUUGUAGGCCAUCGCAGUUUGGGAUCAGCAUGCUUCCUUCAUCCCAACGGGAGGCUUUGGAAGCAGUUCGACAACAGGAAGAAGGGCACAGCUUUGAGGUUGAGAAGGAACGCUUGGCCAUUCGGGAUGCCCGGUGGACCUUUUUUCAAGCGGCCUUAGCUCGAGACCAGGCAAAGUUGCGAGUGAUCAAGGAAGCUCCUGCGAAGAUCGAUGCCCUUCGACAUCGAAAGCGAAUGCAGUGGAGAUUGGAGCAGGCCAAGCUGGGUGAGAAGGUCAUCAAGGCUUACAAGGACAAGUUUCUCCGGUGCGACCUGGUGAAUAAAGCAGAGCUGGCCCAACAAAAGAUCAAUGAAUUCCGCUCCUAUGUUGCACAGAGUAGCAGUUGCAAGAUGGAUGACAUCUACACAGUUUGCAUUGCCGACCUCAACGUUCCUGGUGCCAAGAGCUCUGAGGCCAUCAGCGAGUUGGCAGCGUGCAUGCAGUUCGUGAAUGACCAGUCCCCUGCUCAUUCGAUUGGCUUGCUUGAGAUGCCGGAGGUGGCCAAAAAGACUAGCAAACGUGGUCUUUGCGACGAGGAGCAGGAAGUCCAGACAUGCAUGUGGUCCUUGAGACAAACAUGCGACACCAGGUGGAUGAUUCCAUUUUCAGUUCACCCUUCGGCAGAGUUGCAGACCAACCGGAGGCGAUUCAACAGCGGGAGACUUGUGUGCAACAUCGAUGGUCAACAGGACAAUGUGUUCCUAACAGCGUCUGAGUUGGGGACCUGUGGAAGACCUUUGACAGAAGAGGUCGUUAGCCUACCUUUGUCCAAGGACAUGCUGCUACCUGAAAGCUUGAAUUGCGAGUCUGACCUGAAGCAAGCUGAGCGUCAGCGUCCUUCGGCUGAAGCUACACAAGCUCAGAAGGGAGUGGGUCGGUGGGUGGCCCUACUUACCUCGCUUUUGAACGUCUCUGAUGACACCUUCAAGAACAAACCUAUCAUCAUCCUCAACCUGACUGGCUAUGUCGAGGAUGUUUUCAACAUGCGCUUGGGGAGGCAGCCGUUGAGGGGUGGCGUGAAACCAGAGAACCUCUACUACCAGAGUGUGGGUUGGCUAUCCAAAGAGCCGUUUGGGCAUGCGCGAUUGGAGCGCGAGAUUACGGAGGCAUGGAUCCAGCGCAAGUUUGAGCACGGCGGCCACAAAUACGCUUGUGAUCCUCCAGAGUUGACCCAGGCUGAGAUUGAGGGCAUUCCUUCGGCAACAGCGGCAAUGGGAAACCUUGACAAGGUGGAGUUUGAGGUUCUGGAGCGAAUCAACGACAAGAUGAUGAUAAAGAGUGACGAACAUAAGUUCUUUUCAGCGCAGACUGGGGACAUCAAGAGUGAGUAUGACAACCUUCGCGAGCAGCACCUGGACUUGGUGGGGCGUCAGGCUGAGCAUCAGGUCAAAGCAAAAGCAGAUGAAGACAAUUCCCAGUCUCAACCAGUCCCUCCAGCAGCUGCUGGUGUGCAGUUGGAGUCGCUUGCCAAGCUGGAGUCUGACAUUGGGGUUGAGAUCAAAAUUGCUUCCGAGGUGAGCAAUGUGGAGCUUAUCAAGGCCAAGGAUGGGUCGCUGUGGCUGCUCAGUUCACAGUCUAAGACUAUUGGGAAACAUGUCCUUGUUGGCGGGUACGGAACUGGUCAGUGGCUACCUUCCAAUGAAUGCACAGAGCCAGCGGUUCCCUUUCAAGUUCCAGAUGGUGACAAAACACCAGUACAAAUUGAUGAAACCACCUUCGGUCCAGAGGGAGCGCAAGGGGUAAGCACAUUGAGCAUCUACAAGCUGUUGCUUCGCGCUGAGACGGAGAAGCAUGUGUCUCAGCACCGCGUGAGCUUCCUGAAGGUUGAACGGAAGCAGGCUGUGGAGGCAGGAGAGGACGGCUUCGAGGUGUCAGUGAGCAAGCCGAUGGUCUUCAAAGCUUGCAAGGACCCACGUGAUCCUGACAAAGUGACCUGCAAGAACGUGUUCAACAAGUUCAUCAAUCAGCUACCUGAUGCCUUGGUGACAGUGGUGCGUUUCAGAUUUGAGAGGGUUGGGCAGAAUUUUAAGGUGCAGCGUCCAUAUGUGCUCACCUCUAGGGCACUGAGCCUUGAGAAAGAGAAGCCACUGAAGCUGGCUUGA